AGUCAACCUUUUGCCUUAGCUCACUUAUCCUCAGCCUCCUCAGCUUCACUUCACUCAUACUUGGAUCAACGGAGCGUCCAAGCUAUUCAAAAUGCGUUAUUACGAACAACGGUACCCGGAGGUGGACGAACUUGUCAUGGUGCAAGUUCGUCAAAUUGCAGAGAUGGGAGCCUAUGUCAAGCUGUUGGAAUACGAUAACAUCGAAGGAAUGAUUCUCCUUUCUGAACUUUCCCGUAGGCGUAUUCGAUCGAUCCAGAAACUCAUUCGAGUAGGUAGAAAUGAAGUCGUCGUUGUUCUCCGUGUGGAUAAGGAGAAAGGAUACAUUGAUCUCUCAAAACGUCGUGUCUCGCCCGAGGAUAUCACAAAAUGCGAGGAGCGUUACAUGAAGUCAAAAACUGUCGCUUCCAUCAUGAGACAUGUUGCCUCAAAAACUGCCUACAUUGGCGCCGAUGGUGAGGAGGGCUCCAGGGAGGCUGCUGAAGAGCACGAAGAAAAGACCAAGAGGAACAGAAGGGCGAAGAAGGAGGCUCAUGAUGAUGAAGCGCCUAUAGUGGAUGAAGGUGCUCCUAAUGCUUCCAACGAGGAGGAGAGGCUAGAGCAGCUUUAUGAGAAAGUCGCUUGGCCACUCGGAAAGAAAUACGGACAUCCGUAUGAUGCCUUCAAAUUGGCACUAACAGAGCCAGAUGUUGUCUUCUCGUCCUUGCCGGAACCAAUCCCCCAGGGGACCCUCAACGUCCUUAUCAGCACCAUUGCACGACGGCUGACGCCACAACCUAUCAAGCUUCGUGCGGAUAUUGAGCUCACUUGCUAUACUCCUGCUGGUAUCGACGCUAUAAAGAAGGCUCUUCGUGCGGGAGAGCAACAAAGCACAGAGGCUGUACCAAUCAAAGCCAAACUCGUCGCUCCUCCGUUGUACGUGUUAAGCACCAAUGCAACAGACAAGUAUGCUGCCGUCGAUCGUCUGGAGCGUGCAAUUGAGUCCAUCCAGGGCACUAUCGAAGAGCAGGGCGGGGCCUUGGUCGUGAAGAUGAGGCCCAAAGCCGUCUCAGAAACCGAAGAGCAAGACCUCGCUCAACUCAUGGCAAAGGCUGGACAAGAAAAUGCAGAAGUAUCUGGCGACGAAACUGAGGAAGAGGCAUUGUAGAUCACCCAUAUUCGCGGGAUGGCGUAUUCCCAAGUGUAACCGGAGUACAUAUAUUUGUAUUGUAGGUCUGAUGCGUAUCUCAUCCUUGGUAUCUCGAUUGACUGACCAAGGCUGUUCAGACGUAUAUCUGUCAAAUUGUAUCGAUGACUAGAAUGAUGCUUAUUGAGCUCAUUAAGGAGGGCUUGGCGUUUAGUGGAAACGCGUCGCUCCGUGGGCGGACGGGGGUGGUGGCUUCUCAUGCAAUGUGUUGGCCUAGCGCCAUAACACCCCAAUCUUGCCCAGCACGCCCACUGUUCCUGAUCAGUGAGCUUUGAUCUCACUUCUGCUCCUUACUGCUUCUGGAUAGUCAGGAGACAUUGCAACGCCUGGAUGGUCGUCGUCCUUACCUUUGAAGUAGGGCUUAUCUUCCAGGAUGAGUACGCAUAGACAUGGAGAUCAACUUCCAAGAUGCUUGAUGUGCUGCACUCCGGUGAUGUACCGUGUUAGUUGCACUUUCAGGGGUUACAACUCUAGAUACCGAAAGUGCUUCCGCACGCACCAACGUGGAUGAGUUAUGCUUGAGUUAUUCAGAGC